AUGUCUGAUGAAAAAAUGGCUAGUGAUGCAUCCGAAAUUAGAGAAACGUUAGAAGAGGUAUCAUCCGAUGUAACAAAAAAAGAUACAGCAGCUACAAGGAAAUAUGAUAAAAAUCGUAGAUUAACUAUGAAACCUCCUAGUAGUCGACAUAACAGAUCUGAUGAUAAUAAAUCAUCAGAUGAGCGAUCAUCUUAUGGUGAACCUGAAGAUGCAUUUGAUGCAUUUAUUCUAAAUAAUUUUAGUACGUUCUCCGGAAAUGAGAAUGUGAUCGAAUGGUUAGAUACAACUGAUGAGAAGUUUAAUGCUUUCAAACUUUCACGUAAACUUCGAUAUCUUGCAAUUCCUUUGCUUGUCAAAGGAGAGGCUAAACGAGCGUAUAUCAAUAAUAAGGAUAAGAUAAACACCUAUGAUGAUUUCUAUACAUUUCUAUUGAUGGAAUAUAAACCUAUCAAUCAUAAUAUUCCAAAUGUAAAAUCAUACUCUGAUCCGCUAACAUUAAGUCAAAGUGAUUUAAUCCAAGAUGCGUCAAUACAAAAGAAUGUUGCCUUUGACGAUAAACCGAAAAUAGCUAGCUAUACCUUUGAAUUAAAUGAUAGUCUACUACAACCUCCAAUUUUACGUUCAACUGCGUUACUUGAUCUUGGAGCCACCGGUUCAUCCGGUGAUGAUCCUGUUAAUCAAUCAAAUGUUGCAUCAUCCCAGAAUACAUUUCUUAAUUCUAGUAUUCUUGAUGAAACAGUAAUGAAUAAUUUAUCUAACGAAGAAUUUCUAUAUCAAACUAUAUUGGUUGUUAAUCUGAACGAAAAAAAGUACUGA